AUGCCCGUAGACGCAUUGCAAGAGUCGACGUCGUUUGCGUUACGCGAUUUUCUGUUGACACAAAAUGUCCACUUUCCCAUUGAUUCGUUUCAUCUCUUGCGAUUGCUCGUCGCCAACGCGUCCACCUCUACAAACAACAGCAGCACAAACGGCAGUCAGACACCCAGCGACGCGAAACAGACCAAGCCACGACUGCGUUUGACCGAUUUGGCGAGAUUCGAGUCCAUGCUGAAGACUUGGGCGGACAAAUGGGAUCACGGCGUGAUUGCCGUUGUGAAGAGUCGCAAUUACGACAGCCAGGCGGGCUCGAGUCUCGGUGCGCGAAGUGAACUCAGCAUUAUUGCCGCUCAAGUCACGGACAAGGCGGGUUCGAGGAAACGGAAAAGAGGUGAGGAUGUUGUCGGUUCAGGUGAUCAUGCUGGCGCUCAGCUCCCACUUGUAGCAACGAUGAGUGGCAUGUCAGCUGUUGACCGCGAAAUCUUUAGCCUCCUUAGUCAAGGCACGGCAAAGCAGAAGCUUGUUGCUGAACAGCACGCGUCGACGACGGGAGUAUUUGAACCCAUUUGCCCUUCGACUACACGCGAGGCUUGUGCAAAGGCGGGGACAGUCAAAUGCACAAAAGUACACUUCUUGCCUAUCAUACGGCCACAUACAGACCCAAGUCUGGGAAUGUGCUCAUAUCUAAACACUUGCUUCUCUGAACCUCUGUACUCUAUGUCCCCUUCUAUUCAUCCUCUUCCAUCUGUACCUCGUCCUGCUGGCUCUGUCGCGCUCCCAUCUGGCUUGGGAGCGGGAGGAAGAGGAAAGGAAAAGGCACCUUGCCGGUACUUGCACUUCGAGGUGGACAUGGGGACACCAGCAAUCUCGGAAACACCCUCGAGCUCUGAUGAAGAGCGAGAUGACAUCUAUCAUGAUGGCCCACCGACGCUGCGGCGAAUAAGGAAUGGACCAGAGAAGCCACAAAGGACGCACAGAAUUGAGCUCGGUCUAGGGCCUGUUGGGAAAGGAUACGAAGUGCUACCUCCACAAUGGCUCAAUUGCGACUUGCGAAACUUUGACUGCUCUCUACUGGGCAAGUUUCAUGUCAUCAUGGCUGAUCCACCGUGGGAUAUUCAUAUGAGCCUGCCGUAUGGAACGAUGACGGACGAUGAGAUGCGGUCCAUGAAGAUCCCCAUGCUCCAGGACGAGGGUCUGCUCUUCCUUUGGGUGACUGGACGUGCAAUGGAACUCGGUCGAGAAUCUAUGCGUGCAUGGGGAUACCACCGCAUCGACGAGAUCAUUUGGGUCAAGACGAAUCAACUCCAGCGUGUUAUUCGGACGGGUAGAACGGGACAUUGGUUAAACCAUACCAAGGAGCACAUGCUAGUCGGCGUAAAACUGGCACCUGAUGGCUCGCUCAAGAUUCCGAGUUGGGUGAAUCGAGGGCUCGACGUGGACGUGAUUGUGAGCGAGGUGCGCGAGACGAGCCGAAAGCCAGAUGAAGCGUACGGUCUCAUCGAGAGGCUUUGUCCAGGAGGAAGAAAGCUAGAAAUAUUUGGCCGCAAGCACAAUACUCGGCCUGGAUGGUUGACUCUGGGUAACCAACUCGGUACAGAUCGUAUCUACGAAGAGGAUGUCGUCAAACGCAUCAAGACUGCAUAUCCAGAUCAUCCUUUGGAGCUAACGCCGCUCCCACAAGCGUAUCAAUCAAUGGAUACAAGCUCUGUAGCCUCAUAG